CACAUAAUGCCACGUGGCAGAGAUAUCUAAGCAGAAAAAAAGAAAAAUUAAAAAAUCUUAAGAGAUAGCUUGUUUUCUUUUAGGCCACAUCAAGCCCAAUUAUUAAAUAAUUUAAGGAACUUAAUGAAAGCACAAGUACAUCGGACUGUCCGACUUCUAUCAAAUGGUGAAACGUCUCUUUGAUUUUUCAUCAAUACAACAAUUCAGCACCUAUUUUUAUCCUAUUAAUGGAACAUCAGCAAUGGCAGAUUGUAGACGGCGAGGAGGUGCACCCGAAUCAGAGAUCGCUAUAGUUAUCCACAGAAUCCACCAGCAGAAAUAGUAAAGGGGAGAUGAGGAUGGCGACUAUAAGCCAGCCUCCAACCAUCAAGGACGAAACCGUAGGGUCUGUAGCAAAUCUGAGACACAUGCUUCCAAUUUUAAGGGUUCUGCUCUCCACCUAUCUUAAAUUACCAUGUCACAAAAAUCUGAUUUGCGACUGGUCAGGGAGGGAAUCCAUAUGUACAAAUGGGGAAAGAGUUGAAGUUAACACUAAGAAAAUAAGAAUUGAAGAUGUGUUAAGAGGUCCAUCUCUGCUAAAUUGGGAGAUAAAGAAACAAGCUCAUGUUCAGUUCUUCAUGAUGAUGAAUGGUGAUGCUAUACAAGAUGCCAUAAAUGUAGGGCAGCAAAGCUGGAACUGCCUCACCAUGGAUUUGAGUUCCAUGAACAACUACCUAAGUAGUGUCGAUAGGAAUGAAGACAUUAAAGAUCUAAAACCACUAAUAUGUAACAGUUGGUCAGCUGAGAAGCAUGGCAUGGAGCAUAUUCCAAUAUGGCUUCGAGCCUUGGAUCAAGCAAGGAGAAUGAGACGUCACAAAGAAGAUGAGAUUUUCAAGUCCAUAGGUAUGGUUGAAAUUGGAUAGAUUAUGGUUUAGAAUACCUGAUUUUAUUAUGUUCAUGAGAUGACUAUGUAAGAGGUCUCACAUAUCGCUCGCAAAAGUGUUAUGGUUUCGAAUGAAAAAUGUUAGUUUCAAGAUGGGUUGUACUGCUCUAUAGGUGAGAGCCAGCCAUUUGGACUAGCAGUGGGUGGUAAGAAAGAAAUGGAUAAGAAAGUCCAAAUGUGUGGUGAGAGGCAGCCAUUUUGGACUCAAAUGUCCUAACUAUUGCUCCCUUGUUGGGAGCAGAGGUGAAGGAGUUUGCAGGCUUUCUACAUUAUGUACUAGGCCUUGUUAUUCUCUUCCUUUCCAUCUAUCUUUAUAACUUUCUUAUUUCUGCAUUUUGUGUUGCUGGUUUAGCUAUGGUAGCAUUUUCACAUGUUUACCUUUUUGUAUGGACUAUGUUUGAUUUAGAUAAAUGAAAACAAAACAUUUGACCAAAAAAAAAAAGUCCAAAUGUAUAUAUUGGUAGCUAUGAGUUUAGUUUUUUAGCACAAACACAUUGAUUGAAAAUCAAAAUUAUGGUUCAAAUAGGUUAGGG